AAAUAUCAUACAGAUAUUGUAUUCGAUCCAAACGUAAGUUACUGUUAUUACAAUAGAGACGUGCGAUAGGUAUUUAGUUGUUUUUUGUUAAGGUGAAAGAACUCUACGGUUACGGUAUCAGCCCAUGGAGAAAAUAAACAGCUGGCAUCCACCUCUACAUUGUCUAUUCAUGUAAUUUGCAAAUCGUUUCAUGACGUGAUAUUAGAGAAUACAAUAUUUCUUGAAAUAAUAACUUAAAAUUAAAAACGAUGAGUGCAAAUAGUGGGGAAGACGAUUUCUUUAUAACUGAUAAUCUUGAAGAUGCAGAUGUGCCACGGAAAAAGGCGCGUGGUGAAAAUUCGGCGCGUAAAAGCUGGAGUUUGAUGGACAAAAAGACUAGUUACGAGGUUCUUCAGGAGAUGGGGGUCAGCCUACUAGAACCUGAUGACAAUGAAGCUGUUGAUCCCAACUCCUCCAUGGCAAUGCAUCAUCACAGGCUGACAGUGAAACGGAAAAGAGAUAUAGAGAAUGUUAACCCAAAUAUAAACACGGCGCCUUCUCCUCGGAGUAAAUGCAGCCCGAGAAGCAAGCUGAGCCCAGGCCCCUCCAGGGUCAAGAGCCCCAGGAGCUGUGAUAAAUAUAAAUCCGUCGUAUCAGAGCACGAGUUAGACGCGACGAUGGUAGGUGGCGAGAUCUUGGUCGACGAGGAGACGCCGCUGGGUCGAUGCGUGAGCGCAGGCUCCCUGCCCAUGCGCGGAGUACCCGCCGAGUCACUGAGAACGCCGCAGCCUUUAGGAGUUGAGGAAGAAUUAAUACUGAGUAGAAGACACAAGCCGGAGCCCUCGGGAGUGGACUCCUUCGACAUACUAUCAGAAGAGAUGAUGCUCAGCAUAUUCAGGUGGCUGCCUAAACGGACUCUGGCGCAUUGUAUGACUGUAUGCAAGAGAUGGUACAGAGUGGCGUGUGACGAGACCCUAUGGCAGCGGUUAGAUUUAGGCAACAAAACAUUAUCCAAGGAUGCACUAGGAAGGAUAUUAGCUAGGAAACCCAUCAUAGUACGACUGGCGAGCACGGAGAUUGGCGAAUGGAGACCGACCACUCCGGCUGAACCGUCUCGCAUCCAGUUCCUGGACCUCAGCAUGGCAACGCUGGACCCCGUCACACUGGACCACCUGCUGGAGCGGUGUCCUGGACUCAAGAAACUCAGUCUUGAAAGUGUGCAGUUGCAGGACUCGACGUGUCGACUCAUAGGCAAAUGCACAAAUUUAGAAACUUUAAACCUGGCGAUGGCUCAAGGCGUCACCGCUGAAGGGUUAGCAGAGUUGUUGAAAGGAUGUGUAAAUCUCCAAUCACUGAACAUUUCCUGGUGCAACCUGGACGAGGACUGCCUCGAGGUGCUGGUGACGAUGCUGCCGCAGAGACUGCAGCGGCUGAACGUGAGCGGCGCCAGGAUCAUGGAUGAUGAGAUAAUGUUGUUGCGCAGCGCUGCGGCGGCUGUGCUCGCGGUGCGCGCGCGUGGUGGAGCUGGACGCGUCGGACUGCCCGCGGCUGAGCGGCGGCGCGGCGGCGGCGCUGGCGCGGCUGGCGCGCCUCGAACACCUCGCGCUCAGCCGCUGCUACCUCAUGUCCGUGCACGCGCUCUCCCAGCUGUCGGGCGCGGCGUCGCUGCAGUACCUGGAGGUGUGGGGCAUGCUGCACAGCGCGCCGCUGGCCGCGCUGCGCGCCGCGCUGCCCGCCGUGCACCUCAACCACUUCAUGUUCAGCGCCAUCGCGAGACCAACAGUGGGCACAAGACGGACGUCGAUAUGGGGCUUAAGAACUAGAGACUGAAUAUUUAUAAUUACCGACGUCAAGAUACGUUCGACGUUGUCACACGUCCAUGACGGCAUAGCACGUUUUUGUUGCUAACUUCGCUAUAUGUUAAACAACGCCUUCUUCAAGGGUAGGCAGAGAUUAUCAUCAACGUUAAGAGACGUUCGACGUGAUUAUACGGCCAAAGCGGCAUAGUACGUUUUUAUUACUAGCUUGAUUACCAAAUUACACAAAAUCAUUAUAAAUUGUAACCUAUGUGUUAUUCUGAUGUAUAAGCAAUAUUACUGUAAAGUUUCAUCCAAAUCCGUUCAGUAGUUUUUUCGUGAAAGGGGAACAUACAUACAUCCUCACAAACUUUCGCAUUUAUAAUAUAAGUAGGAUUAUAUGAAACUCCUUUCUGAUCUAAAUUAGUUUCCUUACUCCUGAGGUCUCUAAUAAGAACGGAAUUAGUGAAAAUUAAUUAUAUAAAAAUACAUUUAAAAACUUGCUUUGCCGUUUUAAUCAUUUAAGCUAAAGUCGUGUUUCACAAGUUUUGAGUGAAUUUUAUUUGUAUUAAUGUAUACAGUACUAGUUUCACCAUGGGAUAGAUUAUAGCAACUGUAUAAGAUCGGGUUAUUUGAGAGGACGAGGCACCGACAUAGCGGAGUAGAUGAAGUGGCAGUGGGCACACAGCUCGCAGAACUGAUGGCAGAUGGGGCAGACAGUUCUCGAAUGGAGAUCAUUUACUGCAGGUGCAGCGUCGGACCUCCUACAAGGGUCCACUUCAUAGAGGUCGCAGGAACACGGAUGCAGGGUUUCCACAGGUCUGGAAAUCUUUAGGGGAGGCCUAUGUUCAGCGGACUUGCUUUGAAUGACGAGACAAGCUUGUUCGCCUGAUGGUAAGCGAUACCUAUAAACAGUAGAAACACCAUCCUGAAUAACAGUGUUUGGUAUUCACUGCGCUUGCCAUGAGACAUGAGAUGUUUAUUAUGACCAGUAGUUACACUGGAUACAAUGUUCAAACUGGAACACAACAGUGACUACGCACUGCUUGUUAGAAAUAGACAUAGCGGUGGUACCUACACAGGCACAUAUGAGUGACCACCAGUGAUGAUGAUUUGUGACAAGUAAAAUUUACUGGGAAUUGUGAAACACACCCUUAAUGAUGUAAAUUUGAGAUAUAUUUAUAUAAUUAUAACAGUUAAUAUUCGUAGUUAUACAUUGUUUUGUUACAGACAAAGUAUCUGGUAAAUUGAUAAUUUAUAGCAGAGGUUCCUGAACUAUAUCAUAGAACACUUCCAAAACUUUGUUGGCUCCGGUGGACCACUGCAGCUAAAUUUGUUAUAUUCCCCAGAAUAUGCAAGUGUUUACGUUUAACAGUCGUUGAGUUUACAAUAUUAUCUGCCUACAAUAGGUGAACUCAAGCCAUUUUAGUUCUUUACUAUCAAACUAGAUACAUUUCCGUAGACCCUCGCUUAUAAAUUGUGAACCUCCAUUCUUUGAUCGUCAACGUAGACCCCUAGGGCUCCACCUGGACCACUUUGGUAAUCAAUUAUAGACCAGGUAAAUAAAACACCUCUCCAUGUUUUUAAAUUAUGUUAUACUGACCUUAACUUUAAAACGAUCAUCAAGCAGGUGUUUUAUUUUAAUGGUCAGUUUAUAAUGUUAACAUGUCCAGGAUCAGGCAAAAGUAAUAUUAAUUAUUGCACCAGCCAUCUAGAUCUCGUUUGUAAGAGCAGGUGUUUUAUUUACUGGUCACUACUCAUGUACCCUGUGGCGAAUAUUGUAAAUGAUUCAAUCUCGGAUUAUAUAUAUGUGCACAUCAAAGGGUCCCCACUGCACCUGAUGGUAAGUGGAGGCGACGUCGUCUGACGAGAGAUGAUUACCCCUCAGUCGACACAAUUAUGCCGGCCUGUUGGAUAUACACUAUGGCGGGUUUGAACACCUUGUGUGCGGUCGCUAUCCGGGCGGAUAUACAAUAUAUCCUAGCACCUUUGAAUGGUCAUAAAAUAUGCAUUUAUAUUUCUGCCUAUACCUCUGAAGAUAAGGCAAUUGUAAAGGUUAAUUCACAUUAUUUAUUACACUUUAUUAUAUUAAAAUUAUUGUACAAUUGGCAAGGGCCUGUUCUUAAGUUUCGUCCAAUGUAAAGUAUUGCGCAAGAACUUGCAGAUGCGUUUACACUAGCAACAUUAAUAUACAAUUUAACUCGCUGCAACUACUGCAAGCUUAAAAGUUCAUAAAUCAGCUUGCUGUGAUUAUUUACAUGAAGAAAAUUGCUUAGAUAACUUCUGCAAGUGUGAUUGCAAAUCUAUUCCCGUUUUAUAUGGGGACUGGGUUUUGUAAGCAACUCCGCUCGCUUGAAAACAAUAUGUUAUGAAGCAGAAUGCUUGAACGCGCUGAUCUCCGGUAUUACUAAAACAAUCUUCCUUUCUACUAAUAGGAAGCUACAUUAUUCUUGAAUGGUAUAGGCUUUUUGUCCCGGAGAAACAUUUCAAACAGGCAGAGCUGAAGGCAAAAGCUAGUGUUAAUUGUAAAUAAUGACCCAGGUUAGGGGCCGUUCAAGUAUUACGUAACUCAAUUUAAAAGGAGGUGUAAAACGUUACGAUGCGUUACAGGAGCGGGAGGGGCUCUCGUAUAAAGCGUUAUGUAACAUUGUUUUUUUUAUUUUAAAACAAUAACAAAGGUAUUUUAGCGACUUUCCGGUAAUUUGCGUAAGAUAAUUGUGAUUAGAAAAAAAAAUAACUUUAGUUACAUAACUUUUGGAGGAGAGGCGGGCGUACGGGAAAAUGUUACGGCGCGUAACAUGCGGGGGUGGGGGUCAAAAUCUUCAAAAAUUGCGUUACGUAAUACUUGAACAUAGAUAUUUGAAUUAAUAGUAGUUAAUCGUUUUAUAUUCAAGCCAAAAGAUUCAAAUCCAUUUAUUAUUCCAAAAUGGGGUAGUUUUCCCCUAAAUGUUGUAACCCAAAAUCAUUGGGGAUUUACGUUUUAGAUAUACGUAAAAGCAAUAAAAGAUGGGUAAACAUAAUCAAAGUUAGUUGUAAAAUAUUCUUGGGGUAUAUCAGAGCUUUCUCUUUCGACAAGUGCAGCUGUACCCGACUGUUUUUAUAUGGGUCACAAAUACGUCUUAUAAUGCCUUAGUCUAUAAUGUUAGUUGACCUACUUAGUACUAGAAACGUUAUUAAAUGUAAGAUUAUAAUCAACUCAUCUUUGCAGAGAUCUCAAAGAAUUUUGAGAGAAAUAAUUAUUUCAUAUUUUGAAGUUAGAUCAUUUGCAUAAGCUCAGCGGGCCUCAGGGGCUGUAUAGCUGGUCUAAGGGCAACAUACAAGGCUGUGUACAGAGAAGUAUUGGCUCUUAAACUCAUGUAAACAAUAUUUCUUACACGAUUUGAUCAAGGAACAUAGGUAUUUGUCUGUAUGUACCGUGUUUAAAGGGUUUAAAGCUAGCCCAUAUACUACCCUUUGGUUUUGGGACUAUACAGAGGUUUAGGCAUUAGUCCACCAACCUCCUGUGCGGGUGGAUUUAAAGAAAUAUAUUAGGUGCUAUUUUUAUCUAUAUCUAAGGUGGAGUUACACCAUAGUUCUGACAUACCCCAAUAUAUAAUUUAGAAAAUGUAUUAGUUAUAAGGUAAAUCGGUGUUUUUAUAAUAAAAACGUUUUUUACAAAAA